AUGCUUCAGAAAUGGAAACCUAGUGGUGACGAAAGUGGUGGUCCAGAUAGAGAUUUACCAAACUCUCGCGAUAUGUUUUCUGGCAACUUUCCUGAGGGUUUGCGGGUGCUAUUGUUUGAUGAAGAUCGACUAUAUCUUCAAAUAUUGGAGAAACAUCUCGAAGAGUUUCAAUACGAAGUGACUACAUGCCACGAAGAGGAAAGAGCUAUGUAUCUACUCUGCAACCAUAGAAAUAUGUUCGACAUUGCUAUAAUCGAAGCACACAAUCUAGAGGGGAAAAUAUUCCGGUUAAUCUCGGAAAUUCGAUCUGAAAUAGAUAUUCCAAUCAUUAUAACAUCCCAAGACGAUUCAAGAGAAUCUGUGACCAAAUGGAUGAGGAACGGUGCAUGUGACUAUCUCAUAAAACCGAUAAGACCAGAAGAUCUACGUUUGAUUUAUAAAUACUUGGUAAAGAAGAUGGAACUAAGGGGUAUCACGGUUGCCGAAGAGGCAGAAGAGAAAGCAGCAGCUGAGAAGUCAUCCUCUGUGGGAGAUUCCACCAUAAGAAGCCCUAACAGGAGAAAAAGAAACAUGUUACAAACAGACGAGGAUCCAGAUCAUAAUCGUGAUUCCGCCACCAAGAAAAGGCGAGUGGUGUGGGAUGAUUAUCUUAACGGCAAGUUUUUGGAUGCAGUGAAUUCCCUUGGCAACAAUGAUGUUGUUCCCAAGAAAAUUUUGGAGAGGAUGAAUGUUAGUAGCCUCACCCGAGAAAACGUAGCCAGCCAUCUCCAGAAAUUCCGGAUGGGUCUGAAGAAGAAGAAUGACCAAAACAAAAGCGACGAGAGAAGUCUACCGUUAAUUACUCCACAAGAACGAGGAAUGUCUAGUGGAGAAAUAUCAAACGAGCUCUACAGAGGACUAAAUGUCCAGUUUCCAACACAUCAUGUCAACAACAUUCCUCAACCGUCUUAUUUUCAACAGCACAACACAAACCUUAAUCUCAUGACGCAACGCGUGUCAUCACCUCCUGGAAAUCAUUAUGAUAGACUCUCUGUUGCGUCUUCCAGUAGAAAUCUAGUGACGACUCACCAACAUCACACUUCUCAUCAAAUCUCAGAGUUCCCAUGCAAUGAUCAGAGCAUAGAAGAAAGAUUGGUUUAUUACGAGGAGGACGAGGACGAUGGAGUUAGGAACUUGAUCACUGACUGGUUCACGCAAAUCCCGGACCAGAUAAAUCUGUUCCCCUUAGAGGAGUCGGUGAUAGCGACUACAAUGCGUUUCAACGAUGAUCAGGUGUCAGCCAAUCAACAAGAGCCGAUGUACGUUCAUGAGCCAUCCAUGAUGCAUAUACCUUCACUUCCUUCAUCUCUCACACAUAAUCCCUUUCUUGAUCAGAAAGAAAAUAUACAAUUGGUGGAUUUACCUCGACAACAAUUAUUCCAUGAACAGCAACAUGCUAACCUAGCAAAUGAGAAUAGGUUUCCUGAAACUAAUCCAGGAACGGGAUCUGCAAGAAUGGAUAAGAUGGAUCAAGACACGGACCAAGCAUGAAAACGACUUACAAAUAAGGAAAUGAAGUCCGACAUUAUAGUUUAUUAUUGAUAUUAUAUAUUACUUUUAGAGUUUAGAGUUCUAUAUACAUUCCAGCUGAUGCCUUGCUUUCUCUUCUUCUUUUUUGUAGUUGCUUGUGUAGCUUGCCUUUUUCUAGCGUUUUAUAUACUUUUCUAGGGUUUAGAAUUUUAUAUACAUUCUAGUUGAUUCCUUUUUUUCUAGGGAUUGCUUGUGAUGCGUGUUAACAAUCAGUUUGCUUUAUUUACAUUUGAAUAAUAACUUGUUUUUUUGUCAGUGGUUUCAGUAUUUAACUAACAUAUGGUCGUGGUAAGCUCAUACCUUUUAAAUGUAGUCACCAAACUCUUUUCUUUUUGAUUAAAUUUGCCCAUUCCAUUCUUUGCAUCUGCGAAAAUAUAAAUUAAAGAUAAAACAGUAUAAGCAAAAGAUAAACGACCAAAACAAACCAAAUAUGCGAUUUUUUGUGCGACUGAUCUUAAAAAGACACUCUGGGCGGGAUCUUUGCCGUAAAGUGAACAAACAACUCUUAAUAAAAUUAUAAAGGCCUGAGAUAUCACAACCUUUCUUUGAUUUCCUCCGCAAUCCAAGAACUACAUUCAUUCAACAACUGACCCUAAAAUUCUACUACAAAUAUAACCAAAACAAAAGAGACGUACAUAUAUAAUUUGAAAAUACCAAACUACGUACUAACAAAAAAGAAGGGAAAACGGUACCGAUGCCAUUGUUUGCAUUCGACUUAAAGAAAAACAAAAGGUAUCUAUUCGACCAAAUAUAAUUAAAUUCCCAUAUUUUCUUUCAGUAAAAACAAUCUCAAACGUGAUCCAAAUCUAAAUCGACACAAAGAAGUUUUGACAUAAACCGUUCAUCGAUUAUACCAUAUAAAACAUUUCGUGUACACAUAUGGUCAUUGAGUUCCAGCAUGUUGCUUUAUCCGUGAUGAGAUCGCCAAAAUUUUAUUAAAGAAAUGCUUGCUCAUCUCCACGGUUAAUCGCAACGCUACAACAAACCUACAUACUAUAAUACUAAUCAAACCCAAAUAUUGAUAUAUGGUGUAAGCAAAGUGGAAAAUGAUUAAUAGGUAUCUCAAAUGUCCGUGAAUAUUUUUACAAUUUCGUCCAUUUUAGACCCAAAUUUGAAAAGAGAAUCAAAGUCUAGGAAAACGAGUAACUAAAUGCAAAAGUAAGGUACCAACCCGUGCAGUGGUGAUAUUUCAUCUUAAAAAUCUGCUCAUUGAGUUUGGGUUUGCUGCCUUAUCCGUGGUGAUUUUUUUAUCGAAAUGUGUUCAUCUCCAUAUAUAAUCAGACGCACGCUACAACAAACCCAAAUGAAAUAUUAAUAAAUGAAAUGGCUUUCUACCCCCAACCUAAAAAAUUGUUCAUAAAUAACAAAUGAAAAAUCACAAAUGUAGUAACUGAAAAUACUCAAGUUCGUCAACUUCACACCCAAAUUGAAAAGAGAACUUACCAAACAUAAAAAAAAAAAGGCAAAAGAACGCAGAAAUGGGAUCGAGAAAGCCAUUAACCAUUUUUAGAAAUGGGAUAACGUUUUUUAUACGUUCUUAGCAUCAAAAACAAAAGCAAGGUAACUUAUUGACGAUAGUUUAAUGAUCAGUAACAUGUUGAUCAAGGUUACCUAUGGAUCUAUAUUGGACCCAUCCUUUUUCUAUCAUGCGAAAUUUGCAUGAAGACUGAAAAUUCCACAGAUUUGUUACCAAUUCGACAUAGGACCUUCCGCAAACAAAAACAAAAGUAAGCUUUACUAGUAGAAAUCGACUCGAACUUAGUGGAAAAAGUGAGAAAGGUUCAAACGAAAACUGUAUGAAGAUUUGAGAUGUGAUUGAGGGUUUAUAUACAAAUCUUCAAAGGAAGGGAUAGAGGUUCAGAAGAAAUCCUGUAAAGAUGCUCGAAGAAUUUGAAAUUAUUCAAAGAUUCUUAAGAGAUUAUUCUACAGUUAUUUUAUUUAUUUGAUGUGAUUACCACCAAAAAAAUCUGGCUGCACAAAACAAGAUUGACCAGUAAGUACUAAUAAUAAUCUAGAUUAGGCAUGGACAUAUUUAUCUGGAACCGAAGAACCGAACCACAAAACAAGGUUUGGAUUUGGAUCAUAUCAAUUAUACUAGUGGAUCUUAUAUCACUAGAACAAAAAAAAAUAGAACAGAACCGAGAAACGGAUGGGUAAAAUUUCUAUAAUAUAGUUUAUAUAUUUAUAUAUAUUAACAAUAUUAAUUUUGAAAUGAUCAAAUAAUUUACAAAUAUUAUUUAUAAGUUGAAAUACCCAAAAAAUGAAUUUACUAGAAUACUUUUUAUCCAAAAUAUUUUAAAUUAUUCGAGUUUUAAUCUGAAACCCAAAAAAUUGAUAUUAAUCCAAAUAAUCUAGGUUUUGUUUUUUUAACCCAAAUUUAACCGAAAAACAAAAAACCGAAUGGAAGCCGAAAAUUACCACGAAUAUAAGCCAGCUCUUAACUUUGUUAUCCAAACCGAACCAAACCGAACCAAAAUUUCUAAAUACCUUAAUGAAAAUUAAACCUCUAGACCCAAAAAAACCAAAAAUCUGAAAUAACCGAACCGGAACCAAACCGAGAACCGGAUGCCCAAAGCUAAUCUAAACAUAACAUAAGGUUGAAUAUGCAUAAAAGGAGACUAGGAAUGAAUUUUAUAAGAGAUUAUAUAAUUAAAUGUUCAUGGUUAAAUCAAAAUUUUCUUUUAUCAAUUGUAUCUUAAUCUUGUUAUAUAGAUCCCUAUAGUAUCUGAUAAGUUAGAGACAUAUAAAAGUAUGCAUGCCUACAAUAUCAUAAAUUAUAAUAUUAUAACAAUUUUUUUCUUUCAAACGAACAUGGCAGAAAAUUAUGUUUUAGCCACAUAAUUUUCAUGCUAACACACAAAAUAUGCAGCUAAAAUUCGU